CGCCAUUUUGGAGCGAUCCGAAGGCCGCCCGCAGCCCGGAGCCGGUCCCGAGCCACCGGUCGGCUGCGCCUGUGUCUGUAGGCGCCGCGCCCGGGCCGGGUCCAUGUGCGUGCGGUCCUUCCGAGGCCACCCGGGCUUCGCCUCCACCAGCGCCCUGGCCUCCACCUGGGCCUCCAAGGAGCCGCCGCGACGCCCGGCCCGCAGGGCAGGCCCCGGCUGGAUUUGAACCUGCCAGCUCCAGUGUAUGUGGCCGACUCCCUAGCCACUGAGCUACAGGAGCCUACCCACGUGUCUUUGGAUUCUUUCGUGUAACAUUCUAACUACUGAUCCAGUUCACUAGACAUAGUGUAAAAAUAUUAUAAAUGUACUGAAUGAAAAAGUCUUCCUUGAAGUCACAUAUACUCCAAGAAAAGACCCCAGAUGUUUUUCUGUUUUGCCUAAAUACAAAAUUUAAACAAGAAGCUUCCACAGACGCUUCGUGGCCGUCACCAUGUUCUGGAAGUUUGACCUGAACACCACAUCCCAUGUCGACAAACUGCUGGACAAGGAGCAGGUGACACUGCGGGAGCUGAUGGAUGAGGAUGACAUCCUACAGGAGUGCAAGGCUCAGAACCAGAAGCUGCUGGACUUCCUGUGUAGGCCACAGUGUAUGGAGGAGCUGGUGGGCUUGGUCACACAGGACCCACCUCUGGACAUGGACGAGAAGGUCCGCUUCAAAUACCCAAACACAGCCUGUGAGCUUCUGACUUGUGAUGUGCCGCAGAUCAGCGACAGACUAGGCGGGGACGGGCAUCUGCUGGGUCUUCUGUGCAGCUUCCUGGGCCAUGAGCCGCCUCUCAAUCCUCUGCUAGCCAGUUUCUUCAGCAAGACUAUUGGCCAUCUUAUCGCCAGAAAGACUGAACAGGUGAUUACAUUCUUAAAGAAGAAGGACAAGUUCAUCAGCCUAGUGUUGAAACACAUUGGCACCUCAGCUCUCAUGGACCUGCUGUUGCGCCUGGUUAGCUGUGUAGAGCCCAUUGGGCUCCGGCAAGAAGUCCUACAGUGGCUUGAUGAAGAGAAGAUCAUCCAGAGACUUGUGGCGCUGAUCCAUCCGAGUCAGGAUGAAGAUAAGCAAUCGAACGCCUCUCAGACACUCUGUGACAUUGUUAGGCUGGGCAGAGACCAAGGCAGUGACCUGCCAGAGGCUGCGGAGCCAGACCCCCUCCUCACCGUGCUGGAGUCGCAGAACUGCGUGGAGCAACUCCUGAAGAACAUGUUUGAUGGAGACCAGACCGAGAGUUGCCUUGUCAGCGGGACUCAGGUGUUACUCACUUUGCUGGAGACCAGGCGGGCUGGGACAGAGGGCCUGGUGGAUGCCUUUUCUCAGGGACUGGAAAGGCCGCACGUUGUCAGCAGCGGUGUACUGCAGGGCAUCGAGCCACGGUUGAAGGAUUUCCACCAGCUCCUGCUCAACCCGCCAAAGGCUACAACUGGGUGGUGCCUCUGUUUGCAGAAGAAAGCAAUCCUGACCACCAUCGGUAUGCUAGAGGAGCCCCUGGGGAACGCCCGUCUUCACGGUGCCCGCCUCAUGGCUGCACUGCUGCACACAAACACACCUACCAUCAACCAGGAGCUCUGCCGACUCAACACCAUGGACUUGCUGCUGGACUUGUUUUUUAAAUAUACCUGGAAUAACUUUUUGCACUUCCAAGUGGAACUAUGCAUAGCUGCCAUUCUCUCCCACACUUCCCGGGAGGAGAGAGCAGAUGCCAUUGGAUCUGAGAGCAGGGUGGAACCUCUGCCUGGGAGUGAAAACAGGAAUGUGGAGACCCCGCAGCCUGCACCUGGCCUCCCUGAGAACACGAUGGUGACCCAUCUGUUCCAGAAGUGCUGCCUGGUACAGAGGAUCCUGGAGGCCUGGGAAGCCAACGACCACACACAGGCUGCAGGUGGCAUGAGACGUGGCAACAUGGGCCACCUCACGAGGAUUGCCAACGCGGUGGUGCAGAACCUGGAGCGGGGCCCUGUGCAGACUCACAUCCGCGAGGUCAUCCGAGGGCUCCCUGCAGAUUGCCGUGGCCGCUGGGAAAGCUUUGUGGAGGAGACACUGACAGAAACCAAUCGCAGGAACACUGUGGACCUGGUGAGGAGGCGCGGUGCUCUUGAGGUGAGCACUCACCACCUUCACUCCUCAAGUGAGGACGAGGACAUUGAGGGUGCUUUACCUAACGAGCUGUCCCUUCAGCAGUCUUUCUCCGAAUACCAGAUCCAGCAGAUGACAGCCAACUUCGUGGAUCAGUUUGGCUUCAAUGAUGAGGAAUUUGCAGACCAGGACGACAACAUCAACGCCCCGUUCGACAGGAUUGCAGAGAUUAACUUCAACAUUGAUGCUGACGAAGACAGUCCCAGUGCAGCUCUAUUUGAGACCUGCUGCAGUGACCGCAUCCAGCCCUUUGAUGACGAUGAGGAGGAGGACAUCUGGGAAGACAAGGAGACUCGCUGUGCCACUCGGGCGGUGGUCAGAGCCAGGUUUGGAGUCCCCCAGGCUUCAGAGAGCUGUACCAAGGAUGGUCUGGAGCACAGAGGCCAGGACAGAAAAGCGAGCUCUGAAGCAGAUAGGGAUGCCCUUGGAGUGGGCGCCCCCACAGCCCUUGUGAGGAACGAAGACCCCUCCAUGGAGGGUGAUUCAGAAGCAGGCGAGUGGACAGCAGUGUUUGAUGAACCAGUGAACUCAACACCCACAACUCCAGGAGUGGUGAGGGACAGGGGUUCCAGUGUGUGGGCAGCCAGCGCCUUAGCUCCAGAGGAGAGAGGCUGGGCCAAGUUCACCGACUUCCAGCCUUUCUGCUGCACUGAAUCAGGGCCCAGAUGCAGCUCUCCUGUCGACACAGGGUGCAGCCAUGCUGAAGGCAGCCAGAGCCAGGAUCUGGAGAAAGCUCUUGGCCCAGCCUCCCCGUGCACCUGGAAUGUGUGUGUCACCAGGAAGGCUCCCCUGGUGGUCUCUGACAGCAGCUCCUCUGGGGGAUCUGACAGUGAGGAUGAUGAGAAGGCAGCUGGUGCCACAGAAAGCAUGAGCAGGGGUCCAGGCCCAGAGGCCCCCCUGCUGCCCAAAGUGGCCAGGACCGAGGAGGCUGUCAUCAGCAGGGCUGAGCAUACUGACAGCCCCACCCCUGAGAAAAUGACUACUGCCCCAGCCGUGGCUGUAUUCCCCACGACCACCACAACCACCGCACCAAGCAAGGCUGACUCCCCUGUGGCUCCCCCAGCAGUCUCCUCUGCAGUGGCUGUGGCAGUCUCCCCAGGACCCAUCGUGGUGGUCACCACAGCCCCAGCUACAGUGGUCACUCUGGGGACAGUGACCAAGGACAGGAAGGACUCCCUGCCAGGAGGAGCUGCCUUAAAUGGCCCUGUGUGAUGCUGCUGCUGCCUGGCCAUGGCCCGCCCUAGUUAGGCUGCAUCCUUAAUCAAGAAAACUACCUGGUGAUGCAAUUUGGUUUUCUUUUUUAAUUUAAUUUAAUUUUAAAAUAAAUGCUGCAUUGGUAAA